CGGCGCGAAUACGCUAGCUAUUACCAAAGCAAAGCAAAGCAAAUUGGAACGUAUAGCACUUCAAUAGCGCGUUAAGACAGUGUUUACAAUUGGGGAAGCUGGACAGUCAACGGCCAGUUGUCCUAAAAUAGCAAAUACAGAGAAAAAAAAAAACGAAACACAAUCUCCGUAUAGGUGCCUAAGUGUCUCUUAUUGGCCUUCCGUUGGCCACACGACGCUGCUGUGUAUAGAGCUGUGUUUAAGAAAGUCCUUAUGGACUAAAGAUCGCGCACAUUGGCCAACUGUAGGUCACUCCUGGAGAUAUGUCUGGGAGUCGUGCAUAUUGUGUUGUUGCCGUUAUUUUGGCUCUCGUGGCGACACGCAUUUAUGCCGGCCCAAAAAAAGGCAAUGUUUUACAAAAGGCCAGUCCAGCGGUGCCGGAAUACCAAGAAUUCUAUCGUACUCUAGCAAACGUUACCCUUGACAGGUACAUGGAUCUCAUCUCGAUGCCGCAAGUUCCCAGUCGAUAUAUAAACAAUGAAGAAGACAAUCCAAAUAAGUGGGUCUUUGACGAAGAGGACGACGACUACAUUCGUAGUUAUCACGUGACCAGCUGCCCCUAUGAACGGAACGCCAUUCAGGUGAAGUACUCAAACCUACGAGUUCAGCCUGAUCCCCUCAUUUUCCCCGGAAGAAUACGUAUCACUUCGGACAUUAACGUUCUCGAGGAUAUUACAGAGCCUAUAACGGUCCACGUCCGCAUGCGACGUCGUAUGGUCUAUUUUUGGAUGGACCUCCCCUGCGUCGCUCAAUACGGCUCAUGUGUGUACGAGAACAUCUGCGACUCAACCAUCAAGUGUCCUGUAUUCUACGAGCUACUCGGCCUGCCUUGCGGGUGCCCGAUUAAAAAGGGUAUCUAUCGAACAGAUAAUAAGGCGUACGAUGUUCCCGACGUCCUUCCGUCAUGGCUAACUUCCGGCGAUUAUCAAGUCAUCUUGAAAGCCUCGACCAACGGCCGACCACUUUUUUGCGUUAGGUUCAAAUUGUCUGUGGAGGGCCCGGAUGACCGCGAUCGCCUCCUGAACUUCCUUUCUAAGAAACUUCGUUAAAUCUCGACCAAAAGCUCCGUUAGUUACCUGAAAAGUGGUGUUCAGUGGUGGAUUAAGUAACUGCUGAGGGGAGAAGUCCCAUAAUUUGAAAGCCGAAAUGACAAUCAGCAUUUGCAGUAGGGUUUAAAACGGCAUAUUUCUGUUACUAUUUUCAUUAGGUUGCAAUCGUGUUCAUUAAAUAUAAUGUUUUAUACACCUGGAAUUUUUAGAACUCAGAAUUAUGCUGCCAGAUACGCGUGCGACAAGUAUUUUUUUUAUUAAAUGGAUUGAAGCUAACUUUAGGGUUAGCACGAAGUUUCUAUUGCUCUAAAGGAAGGAUAUAUCUAACGGAAUAGUAUCCGCGCUGCUCUCAUGUAAUAAAUUAGAUACCCGAAUAAAUUGUAGAAUAUAGAAAUAUUUAUUUUAAUUUUUAAAUAAACAACUACCAUACGAGAUACGUAUC